AUGGCUCCCGAUCUCAACACGCUGCCGCGCUCAGAGGCGCCUCAGCCCACUGCCCACCCGGAGCAGAAGCCAAACAUUCUCUACAUCAUGGCCGACCAGCUGGCGGCUCCUCAGCUCAAAAUGUACAAUCCCGAUUCUCAGAUCAAGACGCCCAACCUGGACCGUCUGGCGGCUUCGUCCGUCCAGUUCGACUCUGCCUACUGCCCUUCACCGCUCUGUGCGCCCUCGAGAAUGAGCAUGAUCUCUGGCCUCUUGCCCAUGAAGAUUGGCUCCUACGACAAUGCCUCUCAGAUCAACUCCGAGGUGCCCACAUAUGCGCACUAUCUGCGCUCAAAGGGCUACCACACCGCGCUGGCGGGCAAGAUGCACUUUGUGGGCGAUCAGUUGCACGGCUAUGAGCAUCGUCUCACAAGUGACAUUUAUCCGGGUGACUUUGGCUGGGUUGUGAACUGGGAUGAACCGGAUACUCGUCUCGAGUGGUAUCACAACGCCAGCUCGAUUCUCCAGGCCGGUGUUUGUGGACGGAGCAACCAGUUGGAUUACGAUGAGGAGGUCAUGUAUCGCAGCACUCAGUAUCUCUGGGAUCAUGUUCGCGAGGGACCUGAGAAGCGCCCUUUUGCCCUGACGGUUUCUCUCACUCACCCCCAUGACCCUUAUACCAUUACGAAGAAGUACUGGAACCUGUACGAGGAUGUGGACAUCGAAUUGCCCAAGGUUCGCAUCGCCAAGGAGAAGCAGGACACUCACAGCAAGCGUCUUCUGAAGGUGUGUGAUCUGUGGGAUCUGGAAUUUUCAGACGAGCAGAUCAAGAGAGCCAAGAGAGCGUACUACGGCUCCGUGAGCUAUGUCGACGACUGCGUCGGCAAGCUGCUCGAGACGCUCGAAGACGCCGGCUUGAUGGACAACACCAUUGUCAUCUUCAGCGGCGACCACGGCGACAUGCUGGGCGAGCGCAACCUCUGGUACAAGAUGAGCUACUUUGAGUCUUCUGUGCGAGUCCCCAUGCUGGUUCACUAUCCCAAGUGGUUCACGCCUCGCCGCGUGCCGCAAAACGUCUCGACGCUGGAUCUGCUGCCCACGAUCUGCGACAUCAUCGGCACCAAGCCUGCGCCCUUCUUGCCCAUGGACGGCGUAAGCAUGAUGCCUCAUUUGUUGGGCAAGGAGGGAGGCGGCGACACGGUCUUUGCCGAGUACACGGGCGAGGGAACUGUUCGCCCCAUGAUGAUGAUUCGACGAGGGGAUUGGAAGUACAUUACUUGUCCGGCUGACGAGCCGCAGCUGUUCAACCUCAAGACGGACCCCUUGGAGCUGGACAACUUGGCGCGCUUCGCUACUGGCAAGAUUGAGCCGCAGACGGAGGCUGAGAAGGAGACCAAGGCUGUGUUUGACAACUUCGAGGCCGAGGCAAAGGCCAAGUGGGACUUUGAUGCCAUUACGGAAAAGGUGCUGCAGUCUCAGCGAAGCAGACGCUUGGUGUGGGAUGCGUUGAGCAAGGGGGCGUUUACAAGCUGGGAUCACGACCCGGUGGACGAUGGCAGACAAAAGUACAUCCGAUCAAAUAUUCCGCUGGAUGACUUGGAGAGGCGUGCGAGAUAUCCGUUUGUGGACUCGCAAGGUUACGAGAUUUCAAAGACGGUCAACUCGACUCGAAGCUAA